GACGUGGACGUGGACACGUAGCGUCGACAGCCGAGCCGCUACCACUGCUCCUUCGUGGCAUCUUCCAGCCUCUUCGCCCGCAGCUCAGCUGAGCUCAGCUCAGCUCAGCCCCGCGCUGAUCUGCUCCACAUGCUGCAUCAGCUGAUCCGUCACGUGGUCCGCUGUCGCGGGUCACCAUUUGCAAAAUGGAGUUGUCUGAGUCCGUGCAGAGGGGGCUGCAGUCCUCCGCGGAUCCGUCCUCCUUCGACCACAGCAGCUUCCAGGCGCUGGUGGACGCGUCGUUCCGCAGCCUGCUCUCCUCUCACGCCGACCCCGGCGUCCUCGAUCAGACGGAGUUAAAGCAGAUCGACCGGAUCCUGCUGAAGCAGUCUCACGCCGCAGCGGCCACCUUCAUUCUGGAGGCUGUCAAACACAACGCAGACAGGACGACGAUAAGUUCCUGCCUCGAAGAACUUGGGUUCAGUUCAGAGAGAAUAGAAAUCUUCUAUAGCGCUUACCAGGUAUAUUUCAAACUACUAAAGAAAUCUACGUUUAGUGUAGCUGUUGCCUCGCCCACAAUUAACUGAUGCGUUUUUGUUUUACAGAAACAUAAAACAGAACUGGGACGUCUAUUGGCAAGCAUUGGAAGUCGUCCACCUCACAUCACCGACGUUUCCUGGCGUCUAAAUUAUCACGUGAAGAACGCGCAGGUCGAUAAGGUCAGCACUCCGUUCUAUUCGAUCUCGCUCAACGUGGAGAAAGGAGGAACCUCGGAAGACAUAGACUUCACCUGCACAGUGGAGCAGCUACAGGAUUUGGUGGGAAAGUUGAAAGACGCUGCCAAGAGUGUGGAGAAAGCCAGCCAGAUGAUUUGUUGUUGGUUUUCCUCCACGAUGCACCGGACCACUAGGAUAAAGAUCACGGAGCUCAACCCUCACCUCAUGUGCGUGCUGUGCGGAGGAUACUUCAUAGACGCAACUACAAUCAUCGAAUGUCUACACUCAUUCUGCAAAAUGUGCAUCGUGCGCUACUUGGAAACCAGCAAAUACUGUCCCAUUUGUGACGUACAAGUACAUAAAACCAAGCCGCUGCUAAACAUUAGGUCUGACAAAACUCUACAGGACAUUGUGUACAAGCUGGUCCCCGGCCUAUUUAAAAAUGAAAUGAAGAGGAGGAGAGACUUCUACGCUGAACAUCCUGUAGAUGCAUCUAAUGGGUCAAAUGAGGAUCGCGGAGAGGUGGCAGAUGAAGACAAGAGAAUAAUCACAGAUGAUGAGAUCAUCAGCCUCUCCAUUGAAUUCUUUGAUCAGAGCAGGUUGGGAUUGGGAGUAGAGGAAAAACCAACUAAAGACCAGGUGGCUAACAAGAGGUACCUGCAGUGUCCAGCGGCCAUGACAGUCAUGCAUCUGAGGAAGUUUCUGCGCAGCAAAAUGGACAUCCCCAACACCUACCAGGUUGAAGUCAUGUAUGAAGACGAGCCUCUCAAAGAUUACUACACAUUAAUGGACAUAGCGUAUAUCUACACCUGGAGAAGAAACGGCCCGUUGCCUCUGAAGUACCGAGUCCGACCCAACUGUAAAAAGAUGAAGGUGAGCCACGCGCAACAGGACGGUCAGAACAGCGCCGGUCCAGAGAGCGAUUCUGCCAGUGACAAAGCCGGAAGUCCCGCUGGGGCUCCGUCCACGUCGUCGUCUCUACCGAGCCCCGGCACGCCCGCUCAGUCCCCCCACCCGCAGCUCCCGCACGGCCCCAACAAUGUAAACGGGACCCCAACGGCCUCCUCUCCGACCCCCAGUCGGCCCUUCACCCAGUUCGGCAGCGCCAGCAAGCCCCGGAAGGUUUCUGUGAACGGCUCGUCGACCUCGUCCGGAUGACGCGGGGGAUCCGGACCGGACCGGACCGGAGCAGCCAACGCCAGAACCCGCUCAGCUAAUCCUGUUUUCAUACCGAUGUAGUUCAGUCGUGUAGACGAUGUUCGCUCUUUCUCUCCAUUUUGUUGUUCUAAAUAUUAUGUCAUCACAUGUAAGUUUAAACGUAGUGGAACGCAGAGACAUUUCAAAAUAAAAGGAACGGGAGGAUGAGUGGCGUGGGGAUUUUAUGAGAGGAUGUUGAGGAAAACGUUUGGAACGAGAAGCAUUUAUGCUCUUUUUGAAGCUACACCUUUAUUUCACAAGUGACUGAAAACAGACUUUUCUAUUUUCUUUUCCAUUUUUCCAAAUUGAACGUGUUCAUGGAUAUUUCAUGUGUGAUGGGCUACUUUGAAGCUGUCAGAUUCGACACGCAUGCUCAUAAUGACACUUUUCUUUUUGAAAGAGUAUCCGCGUGGUCACCACACACAGUUUGACGGGUUCUUUGGAAGUUUUGCGGGCCUCGAUCUCCCUCCAGUAAAAGAAAAGAAGUCUGCGUAGCGCUGUUGGCUUCACGGAACAAACGCCUUUGGAGGAAAAACUACUUUACUUUGCCUUUUACAGGGGUAAACAAAAACUUUCUUGUAGCUGCGGUGGAGCCGGAUUGCUUAUUCUUCACGUCUUUAACACGUUAUAAGCAGUUUUAGGGAUCCACGUGUAAAUAGAAACAAAAUGCACAUUUAAUCAGCGAUAUUAUUCUCUUAUUUCCCUUUGUUCUGAGGGAAUGACGUGGGCUCUUGUUCAGCUCCAUUUCACGCUCAGUGACACAUGUUUUGAUGUCUCCCGUGUUUUCUGUAUUUGUAUCGCUCGAUUGUAUUGACAACUUAUUGUAUUGUUACUGUUGCACAGUAUAAAACCUCUAAAUAAAAAUUUUACACUUA